UGCACCCGUUCGCUGGUUGUUGUAGCAACCAGAGCAUCCGCCUUUCGUGUAAUAAUCACAGCAAGGGGAAAUCGGAUGAAUUAGUUCGUAUUUUAUAUGGAAUACGAGUUAAAAGAGUGACAUGGGCGGAUGUGUUUAUGCAGCAGUUAUCUUAUUUGUACUUUUUGCUAUCUUAUAGUAGCUACUAGGCGCAUUUGAAUUGCCGAAAAGCUGCAUUUCCCGUCCAGCACUAAUACCGUAGUUUUUCUGAAUUGUUGUCUAGCUACACUUUAUUCAAGCAUGUCGGCGGUCAGUAGCCUUGUCCCCGCACGAUUUCUCACCAUCAUAGCUCACCUCGUCAUCGUGAUCACAAUCUUUUGGUCGAGGGAAAAUAAUGUGAAAGCUUGUUUGCCUUUGGAUUUCACACAGGAGCAGUAUGACACUGAGGACAGACAGUUGGUGGUGGCAUUAUCAGUGACUCUCGGUCUGUUUGCUAUAGAGCUGGCUGGUUUCUUUUCAGGAGUGUCCAUGUUCAACUGUAGCCAAAGCCUCCUUUCAACAGGAGUCCAUGCCAGUGCCUCAGUGGCUCUGCUUUUCUUUCUAUUUGAGCAGUGGGAGUGUCACAUCUACUGGUGGAUCCUCGCCAUCUGCAGUGUUCUACCGGCUUUAGUGGAGAUUCUUCUGUUCAUAGCCGUUUUUGGACUGAAGAAGAAGCCUUUAUGAAGGAAAGUCUGGAUGUAUGAUGGUACAAACCGAGAUUGGAUGUAGACAUCUGUCAGUUUGUUAACAGAUAUACUGUAGCUACAGAAAAAGUGUGGGUACCAGACAUAUAUCAGUACAAAACUCCAACAGUAAGGGAUGCAUAAAACACACUUUUAAAAUGUUUUUUAAUCUAUUUUUAUAUAUUUUGAAUAAAGUUGAUGCAGCAUACGUUUUUACCUUAUGUCUAUUUUUUGUAUGUUGGAACUGGAGUGUUUUGUUUAUAUAGUGUGUUUGUAGUGUCAGUUACUCUGUAAAAGUAAAUAAAGCUUGUAAUUAUUUUGUUGCUUUGGUUGUAUGUGUGUUCAAAUUAUUUCUUUAAGCUUGUUCUAGUGCAUCUACUGCAAAGUGUUUCUUGGUAAAUACAUUUAAGUUGUAAUUUCUGUUGAAAUAAAUUGAAAUUGAGUUAAAUUAUUUAAUGCUAGCAUAAUUACACACUUGUUCUGAACUGUACCAUGAAGUUCUACUUUUAGAAGUCCACAAAACAUAUAAACAUAAUGUAUAUAACGUACGUGUGUGUGUUUGUGUGUAUUUAGACGAUAGAAAUGUAAUUGUAAUGCAAACACAUAAUUGUGUUUUAUAAAUGUUUCGAUUUGAACUUUAGUGGAA